UCUCUAUUUUCCCCUAAAUUCAAUUGCGGGAAGCAGGCUUUUUAUUUCAUAUAUUUUUUCUAGUGUUUGGAAUGAUGUGAAUGGGCUGCAGCUGGUGUAACUAAACAUCGCGGAGAUCUUUCGUCAAUCACUUUUUAAAAAAAAAAUCGAAUUCGGUUUUAAGACACGUCUCGUCUUGAACGAUAGACGCUCUUGUGUCUCGCCGCGAGAUACAGUUUCUUAAAUCAGCUUCGCCUCGAGACUUCAACUUGAUUGGAUUGUGCGUGUUUAUGCUCGUUGUUUUCAUUGUCUGAACUGUCAAAUCAAGAACGCCACAGCUGUACAGCUCGCGCGCAUCACUGCUGCUCCGUGGAGACUUGAGCCUCGCGCACCGAGCGCAUUCUCACUGUGAAUUAAACCGAACUACAGAAGAGCAAGUCAACAGCGAGUGUUGGAGUCCGCCGGAAUACACACACAGUCUUUGUGCAAAGUUGCUUGUCAGAUUUCUCUCAGCCUAUACAGGAGCUACUCAACAAAAUGAACCUCUGUUAACCUACGUCUGUCUGUCAGAGCAGAGGUUUAUUGAUCGUCAUCUCUGCGACUGGUGGACACAGUUACUGCUACACUGCCACCAUGCUUCAUUUGCGCCUUCCGUCAACCCCUUUCUCCUUAACUCCUUGCCUUUCCUUUCUCCUCCUCCUGAUCUUCCUCUUGGGGCUCGCCCAUCUCUCUCAGGCCAGUGGCGAGGCAUCCCACAGCAGCCCGGGGAACUGUUCAGGGGAGGACAGCUGCUCUGAGGGUGUCGUCCUGCCCGUAUGGAACCCCCAAAACCCCUCUGUAGGCGACAAGGUGGCACGUGCCAUCGUCUACUUUGUGGCGCUCAUCUACAUGUUCUUGGGCAUGUCCAUCAUCGCCGACCGGUUCAUGUCAUCCAUUGAGGUGAUUACAUCUCAAGAGAAGGAGAUAACGAUCAAGAAACCCAAUGGAGAGACCACCACUGCGACCGUACGCAUCUGGAAUGAGACAGUCUCCAACUUGACCCUCAUGGCUUUGGGAUCAUCGGCCCCUGAGAUCCUGUUAUCUGUGAUUGAGGUCUGUGGACACAAGUUUGAGGCUGGUCACCUGGGCCCGAGCACAAUUGUGGGUAGCGCUGCCUUCAACAUGUUCAUCAUCAUCGCCAUCUGUGUUUACGUGGUCCCAGAUGGUGAGGUACGCAAAAUCAAGCACUUGAGGGUCUUCUUUGUGACUGCAGCCUGGAGCAUGUUCGCCUACAUUUGGCUCUACAUGAUCCUCUCUGUCUUUUCUCCUGGUGUGGUGGAAGUUUGGGAGGCUGUGCUUACUUUCCUCUUCUUUCCACUCUGUGUGGUUCAGGCCUGGAUCGCUGACCGUCGUUUGCUCUUUUACAAAUAUGUCCACAAGCGCUACCGUGCUGACAAGAACCGUGGCAUCAUCAUUGAGACGGAGGGAGAUGGCAUGUUCACCAAGAUGGAUAUGGAGAUGGAUGGCCAAGGUACCAAUUCCCAUCACAAGGAGGCACUUGAUGGGAUGCUGGCUGGGGUGGAGGAAGGAGGUGGUGGAGGGGAAGAAGAGGAGGCGAGGAGGGAGAUGGCUCGUACGUUGAAGGAACUCAAGCAAAGACACCCAGAGAAGGACAUGGAGCAGCUAAUCGAGAUGGCCAACUAUCAAGUGCUGGUGCAACAGCAGAAGAGUCGAGCUUUCUAUCGGAUCCAGGCUACUCGCAUGAUGAUCGGAGCAGGGAACAUCCUCAAGAAGCAUGCUGCAGACCAAGCCAGGAAGGUGGUGAGCUGCCAUGAGGCCAAUGCCCAAGAAGAAGACCCUCACACCAUCUACCUGGAAUUUGAGCCCUCUCAUUAUCAGUGCUUUGAGAACUGUGGCUCUUUAAAACUCUCUGUGACCCGACAUGGUGGAGACAGCGGCUGCACUGUCAAGGUUGACUAUCGCACAGAGGAUGGCACUGCCAACGCAGGAUCAGACUAUGAAUUUGCCGAGGGCACUCUGGUCUUUAAACCGGGUGAGACAGUGAAGGAACUGACAGUCGGCGUGAUUGACGAUGACAUAUUCGAAGAAGAUGAGCAUUUCUACGUAAAUCUCAGCAACCCUCGUGUUGUCCACCGUGCCGAGGUCUCUGUCCUCGACCCUAAUGCGGUGACUCCAGGCAACAGCAUUAUAGGGUCCAGCCACAUUCCUCCCAAAGCUGCCCUAGGUAGCGCACACACUGCCACGGUGACCAUUUACGAUGACGACCACGCGGGAAUCUUCACGUUCGAGAGCAAUUCCACACGAGUGAGCGAAAGUGUGGGCAUCAUGCAGGUAAAGGUCCACAGAACAUCUGGAGCAAGGGGGAAGGUGGCAGUACCGUAUCACACUACCGAGGGAACCGCCAAAGCUGGUGAAGACUAUGAAGAGGUGGCUGGCAAACUGGAGUUCCUCAAUGAUGAGACCAUGAAAAUGCUGGAGGUGAAGAUCAUCGACGAUGAGGAGUAUGAGAAGAACAAAACCUUCAACAUCCACCUGGGGGAGCCGGUGCUGCUGGAGAUCGGGCAGAAACACGGAGACUCCAAUGAUAACAAACCGGCAGUGGGGGCAGAGGAAGAGGAGGUGGCCAAAAUGGGGUGCCCGAGUCUGGGAGAGCACACCAAACUGGAAGUGGUGAUAGAGGAAUCGUACGAGUUUAAGAAUACCGUUGACAAGCUCAUAAAGAAGACCAACCUGGCGCUGGUGGUGGGCAGCAGCAGCUGGAGAGAACAGUUUGUCAGCGCUGUCACUGUCAGUGCAGGUGAUGACGAUGAAGAGGAGAGUGGGGAAGAGCGCUUGCCCUCGUGCUUUGAUUACAUCAUGCACUUCCUGACAGUUUUCUGGAAGGUUCUGUUUGCCUUCGUUCCACCCACGGAGUACUGGAAUGGCUGGGCCUGCUUCAUUGUCUCCAUCACGCUCAUCGGGGUCCUGACCGCUGUUACUGGAGAUUUGGCCUCUCACUUUGGUUGUACAGUAGGCCUGAAGGACUCUGUCACAGCUGUGGUGUUUGUGGCUUUGGGCACAUCUGUGCCUGAUACCUUUGCCAGCAAGGUGGCAGCCAUCCAGGACCAAUACGCUGAUGCAUCCAUUGGAAAUGUGACAGGUAGUAAUGCAGUUAAUGUCUUCCUGGGUAUUGGAGUGGCGUGGACCAUCGCUGCUGUGUACUGGCACAGUCAGGGCAAAAAAUUCCAGGUCCCGCCGGGGUCGCUGGCCUUUUCCGUCACCCUCUUCACCAUCAUGGCACUGCUGUGUGUUCUGAUACUGCUGUACCGCCGCCGGCCCUCUGUGUCCGGGGGUGAGCUGGGGGGCCCGCGAACCGCCAAGCUGCUCACUGUGUUCCUCUUCCUCAUGAUGUGGCUCAUCUACAUCCUCCUGGCUUCACUGGAGGCUUACUGCCACGUGCCUGGCUUCUGAGAAAGUUCCUUAGAGAGAUGUACUCUAUGCUGUAAAACCUUCCAUCAUUCUUCCUCUCUGCUUUUGUGUAUAUGAGAAGUCUAAAAUGAGUGUUUACAUCUGUUCUUACUGAUUAUUAUUGCUCUAGAAAUUGCAUCCUUUCGCUAACACUGGCGUGAAUAUCUAGAUAAGUGUCAGUUGAGGAUGAUAGAGGCUCUGUUGUUUCAUGCACAGCUUCUCUUUAUAGAUGAAUCUCUCUACCCCCUGGAUAUUCAGACACAGCAACUCUCUCCAGAAUACUCUCCAGAGAGCCCCCUCAGCGUUUUUUUUUUUUUUUUGCUUCAGUGCUGUUUUUUCCAAGGAUGGUCCUUUAUGCCUCACUUUGAUAUUCUCUCAGAAACCCCUCUUCUAUUAUUCUCUUUUCCCUCCAAGUCGCUGUCAAUAGACUCAUUCCCACUGCAGAGAUUUGGGCAUGUUUCACACCUCUACCUACCCUCAAGACAUGAGCACUCUGUUUCAUUUGUCUUCUCUUGCCUGUUACUAAAGCUCCCCGCAGACUUUUGUGCCACACUAGCGCUGUUCAUUUUUCACAACUAUAACUUCAGCUCAAGUGAUCCGAUGAGGGCUGAGCUUCUCAAACUGAUUACGCCCCUAAUAUGACCUUUGCCCAUAACCCUGGCCAAAUUCUACUUAAACAUCUUCAUCGUCCUGAACAUGCCCCAGUGCUACCUACACCAGACCUUCUUCUACUCUGACCUCACCUUUAAUAAUUAUACAACAACUUCCUCACUAUUAAUCUUACCUCAAUGUCAUUGCAGGCCCUGCCUAGUACUACUUAUAUCCUUAUUGCGCUUUUCCAGUGCGUGGUACAACUCGGCUUGGUAUUACUCAGUACGGCAUGGCACGGCUCGACUCAGCUCAGUUUGUGUUUCCACUGCAAUUUAGUAUCGCUUUAGAGUGGGCGGAGUUAUUCACAUGUCGUUAUAGUUGUGCCGCCUCUACUACAGCAACUCGUGAAAAACAUUUUGCAUUGCCCCCUCAAGCUCUCACUGGAUCUGCUCCUCUGCUAUCAAUGAGAAGAACGUCUGUACUUCCUCAACAGACAACGUAACAACCAUUUUUGGGUUGUUAAAAAGGUGCGCUUGUUCAAAACAGAUGCGUUUUAGUGGUUCUGUUGUGUUUGUAUAACAAGUUCAGUGAUGCAGGUAGUGACUAUUCUCUCCGGCCAAUCAGUGAUCAGCAGAGUUUACACGUCACAUUUUGGUAACGGUAACCGAGGUGGUCCUAAAAAAAGUACCAUGUACCAGGUACUGUACCCAGUGGAAAACCCCCCAAAAGUGGACUGUACCAAACUAUACCGUGCUGUACCAUGCAGUGGAAAAGUGCCAUUAUAAUACUAUAGUGACCCCGCCCCAUCACUACAUACACCAUACCUUCUUCACUUCUGACUCCACCCAUUACACUAUUUAUGCCACACCAUUAUUUUGAUACCACAUUUACAUAUGACACCAAUUCACAAGAAACAAAGCCCUCUUCACGUCUGACCCCACCACAACCCUACCUGUGCCACACCUCUUCUAAUCUGACUCCACCCCUGUAUUAAUUUACAGUAUAUCACAUAUUUUCCCUGCUGACCCCAACAUUGUCACUUUCACUACCAACAACCACAACCAUUUCAAUUCCGACCCCACCCACAACUCUACUUAUGCUACACUUUCUUAAUUUGUGGCCCUGCCCCCCAACAUUUUCUUCACCACACCCUCUUCAGAUCUACUAUUUGCUAGUAUUGUGAAUCUUUUAAAAAUGCUCUUGUGUUUUUUAUUAUUUAUUCAUUUAUUUUUACCAUGCUACUGAAAGUUAAUUAUGAAGUCAACAGAAGGAUUGUAAGAAGGAAAGAAAGAUUUUUGUUGAAAGUUAACAAAACCUGAAGAGAUACAUAAUUUGCAUGGAAAAACAUUAGUGAUAGAAGUUGAAUUGAGACCAAAAGAAAUAGUUUAACGGUGACAUAAGAACCAAGGUAUUGGUGUUUAUUCAUGUGAUAUUUAUUGAUAUUUAUUAUUAUGAACUAUGUAUUAUGUGGGGAAAUACUGCAGGCCGUGUGUGUGUAAGAGUGAAAGCAUGUAUUCAAAUGGGCGAGUGCAACAGAUUUGAUGAAACAUAUGAGUCAUGUGUGCCAAUCUGUUGAACAGUGUUCAAAGUGUUUGUAUUUGACUAUGAGUGUAUGUUAAGUAUGAAAGUGUGCUAAACUCAAGCACAGUGAAUUUUGUGUCUGUCACUGCCAGGCUCAGGAGUUUCAGGCUCCCAUCCUUUGAGCUUCUUGAUCCUCUCCCAACAUCCAUGAAUUUACAAAUGGCUGCAGCUUUCAUGUGGUACAUUUGUUGGUCCUAAAACAUGCAGUGACUGUCUUGCUGUACUAGGCCAUGUUCUUCAGCUUCACUGUGUCAAGCUUUUAGCUUUAUUCACUACUGAAGGCAUUGUGUCAUUGAGUCAUGUGGUUGUGUUUGAACACAACAUGGGUGCCUUGAUAUCAACAGUACAAGGUCUCUAGGCCAUACAGUAGGUCUGUCACUGAGUUAACACUGACAAGAUGGUGAAAAUGAUGAGUUUCGUUCAUGCGCAACAUGUAUAAUUUACCCGUGAAAUGUGAUUCCCUCAUUUUCACCACACAAAUCCUGAGCAUAUCCAAUUAUUCAAGCACUUAUACCUCUCCUGAUAGCAUCGGCGCCACCUAAUUUGCGUUUAUGUGCAUGGUUAAUGUAUAAUGGGUUGGUUUCAAGUUCAAUUUUUUAGUUCGCUCUCUUUAAUCAGUGUCCUCCAUCUGCUCCUUAACUAAUAAGACUUGGUUCAUUUCCAGUUAGCCAGAAGUUAAACUUGCUUAGUUAGCCCAGCACUCUAUCCCAUUCUCUUCCUUGCUAAGCGAUACAGUGAUUACGGGUUUCAGUUUGCAGAUAUUACAUAAUUGUUUACAAGGGUGUAAUGUGUCCCCAAUUUCCCAGCUAUCAGCCAUCUGCUUAGCCCAACCUGGGACACAUGCUAUAGGAAAUGAAAAGUUAUAGCUGUAGGAAAUUCUCACUAUUAGGGGCCUCAGCACACCAGUCCUUCAAACUUUUUAAUGCAUGAGAUAAAAGUCAUUUUAAAGAGCUUUCUGAAAAAUGGUAAGAAGGAACACAUAGUCUCAUUACCUGAUUUAUAAUAAUGCCAAUGGCCAAAUGCACCAUUUUAGAAGGGAGUUAUCUGUUAUGACGACACCAUUGGCUUAAAAGAGGCUGGCCUGCUACAGCCCUUCAUUUUCAUAAUUGAUCAAACAUAAAAAUCUACAGUCAGCUAUCUAUGGAAAUGUUGCAAGUGCUCCGCUCACUUUCUUAUACAAUGUGUGACGCAAAAGUGGGCGAAACAGAUACAUAUAGUUUGCAUUUAUACUGACAUAUGUGUAUUUAUACAUUCCAAUGAUUCCAGAUUAAAAAAAGCACAGAGUGAUGUAUUUUUAGUGCUUCUUGUUGCUAGGCAAUGUCUUAGAGUCAUUGUCUUUCUGUCAUUAUGUUGUCUGGUGUCAGUGCUCUAGGGUGGGUGGAGACAGGGAUCCGUGGAUUGUAAUUACUUUAUAAGGUAACUCUCAUCUCUCUCCUUAUAUCUGGCCACACAGGGUUAAUGAACCCUAAUUCAAGGACAAUCCUUAAUUAAGAACCUUAUAUUGCCCCUGAGAUUUUUGAGUCAUAUUAAUGUAAGCUUUUGCUUUGUGGAGAGCAGAGCAGUGAUUGAUCUCCCUUGAGGUAAACAUAUUUAUCAGUCAAAGUUGCAUCAAACUAAUGGGUUUUUCAAAAAAAAAAUUAACAACUACAGAGGAUUAUGGUGGUGAAUCUCCAUCUAAUGCUCAGUAGCCAGCCAUUAACCUUGAAGAAUAAUACCAUACGAGAACAUAUCGUGCAAGUAAAUCUGUUUAUGUGGACCAGGAAGGACCAUCUCUUGUGGAAUAAGCCUAAAGCAAUGUGACUGAUUUAUGAUCAAAUAACAGUAGAUGUGAAACACACUUAAAAUGAUAGUUAACUCUUUGUGUCAUUCAAAACCUGGACGAUUUUCUUUCUUUAGUUUAAAACACAAUACACUUAAUGUUACUGGAGACAACAAUAUCAAUAAACCCCAUUAACCUUGUAUUGUAUGAGGAAAAGAAAAAAACUGAUAGCAUAAUUUUCCUUGUUGGCUAAACUUUCCACACUUGUUUACUUUUAUUUGAUCUUAAAUCAGUCUCCACUUCCCCAAAACACCCUCGCAUAAACAAAAUGACCUUGAAUAUCGGAUAUGCAUAGUCCAUCAUAGCAUGUACAUCAGAGUGCUUGUGUCGUGCGAGAGUCCCGGUGUCACAUGUGCUCUCUUGUGAUACUCCAGUCUUAAAGCAUGUCUUUUCUAUGUGUGGGUAUUUGUCUACUAAUAUUGCAUUUCUCUUUAAGUACAAACAUUGAAAUAUUUACAAAAUGAAUUGUGUUUGGUUUUGUAUGUACUGCUAUUUGAUAAAUUACUGUUUUAAAUUACUUUUUUUUUUCAAAGCCAAGUGUUCUUUACUUAGCUUUAUGACACUAUUGUUGUCUUGAGAUAUGUUCUGUACUGAGACAAAUUUAUACUUUGGGCAAAAAAAAUGUAUGUGCUGAAUAGAGUACUUUAUCAUUAUCUUCACAACAACAAUAACAAAAUAAUUAAUGUUUUCAGUGUUGUAUCUAAAACUAUGUUUGAGGGAGAAAGGGCGUGAUUUUAUGUGAAUUCAUUAAAGCUGUUAUGUGAAGGGAAACUACAGUGCUUUGCCAAAAGAUUGAGAAUGAGUCUCUGUUUGUAAUGCGUAAAACUUUGUUUCUUGUUUAAUUUAUUUAUGAGUACAUUAAAGUUGGAAUUGUAUAUUACUAUUAACAGACUUUUUAACUCUUAAUUAAAAUGGCUUUGUUUUCUCUCAAGCAAAUAACAAAACAAAACAAAACACUUCUGUUAAUCUACUGUCCACUGUUUCUUUGUUGACUUUUCUUGGUCUUCAUAUCAAACUGGAAUAUUCAAGAUAAUUAACUAACUGCAAUGCAACACACAGAAUGAGCACUUAAAAGAGAUUU